GCCGCACAUAACAUUACAAAUAGCAAGUAGAGCUAUAUAUCUCUUAUGACAUACAACAUAUGCAUAACACUUUGUAAGAGAUCAUGGAUAAGAUAUUAGACUAUCAAUCCUUUGUGAUCACUGUACUAGUCUCAAUAGUAACUCUUCUCCUAGCUCUUCUAGUCUUCAACUUUAACUUGAGAUCAAGAAGAAGAAGGAAGCUCCCUCCAAGUCCCCAGAGACUCCCGGUGAUCGGAAACCUUCACCAGCUAGGCGAGCUACCUCACCGAUCCCUCCGCCGCCUUGCAGAGAAAUAUGGCCCUCUCAUGCACCUCCAGCUAGGCCAAAUCCCUGCUAUCAUUGUAUCAUCUCCUGAGGUUGCUUCUGAGGUCAUGAAAACUCAUGAUCUUGCCUUUUGUAGCAGACCUGCCACACCUGUCAUGAUGAAAUUCUCUUACAAUGGAUCAGAUAUGGCCUUUACCAAGUAUGGUGAGCAUUGGAGACAACUUAAGAGGCUUGGAACACUGGAGAUCCUUAGCAUGAAGAGAGUGCAACACUUUAGGAAUGUGAGAGAAGAAGAAGUCCAUGUCUUGAUCCAAAAUAUAAGACGUUCUUGCUCUCAAGAGCCAGUGAAUCUAAGUGAGAUGUUUCUUUGUAUGUCGAAUAACAUAAUAUGUAGAGAAGUGUUUGGAAAGAGGUUCUCUGAUGAUGGACAGUGCAAUAGAAGUGAGCACCAUGAUCUUGUUUUGGAGAUUAUUGAGUUGAUGGGAGGGUUCUUUCUGGCAGAUUUCUUUCCUUCUUUCAAGUGGUUGAGUGUGGUCACUGGUCUUCAAGGAAAGCUUGAGAGGAACUUCAAGAGAAUGAAUGAGUUUUUUGAGAGAGAGAUUGAGGAGCACUCUUUGAGUAUGAAGAAUGAUCUAGGACGUGAUGAUAAAGAAGAAGACGACUUCGUUGAUGUGCUGCUCAAGUCACAGAAGGAUUCCACUAAUCUUGGUUUUUCUCUUACCAGAGAUCAAAUCAAAGGAGUUCUCUUGAACAUGUUUCUCGGUGGAACAGACACAUCUGCUGCAACUCUAGAAUGGGCAAUGACAGAACUUAUGAGAUAUCCCUCAAUAAUGAAAAAAGCACAAGAUGAAGUUCGAAGCGUUGUAGGAAAUAAAGGAAAAGUAGAUGAAAACGAUCUUCAACAUCUCCAAUAUCUCAAAUUUAUCAUCAACGAGACUUUGCGCUUACACUGCAUUGUUCCACUUCUUAUCCCUCGAGAAAGUAGACAAGAUUGCACAUUAUUUGGUUAUGAUAUCCCCAAAAACACAAGAGUUUUUGUAAAUGCAUGGGUAAUGGCAAGGGAUCCAAAAUCAUGGCACAAUCCUGAAGUCUUUAUGCCAGAGAGAUUUGAAGAAAAUGCCAUCAAUUUCAAAGGCCAACACUUUGAAUUCAUUCCUUUUGGUGCUGGUCGGAGAAUUUGUCCAGGAAUACAAUUUGGUGUGGCUGCCAUAGAGAUUGCACUUGCUAAUAUCUUAUAUCAUUUUAACUGGGAAUUACCUUCUUGGUUGAGUUAUGAAGAUAUCGACAUGACAGAAACAUUUGGUCUUGUUCUUCAUAAAAGAUCACCACUAGUCCUUAUGGCAAGACCAAUAAAUAUCUUAGUGAAAACUUGAGUAUGUAUGUAUUAGUAACUUAAUGUCAAGUUUUACUUGUUAUUAUGCACUAUAUUUAUAAAUAAACUUCUACUUUGUAUAUUAUGAAUAAA